CGUAUAACAAGAAUCAGUUGGACAGAUCUUCGUACUAUGCGUACAGUCACAGCACAGCCUCCUCAACCCCUCGUUAUAGGGGAUGUUUGUAUCUGCUUUCCAUUCUUUCCUGCUCUGAGACUUUCCACUUCUCUUAAACCUACAUAUGUACAAAUCAUCCCCCCACAUUCAAGCCUCAGAAGCGCAAUGAAUCCACGUCCUACUCUCCACUGUAAGGACUCUCCUGCAGCUGUAAUAUGCAAACGUCAAAAAACCAGCCCUAGACUAAUUCAAAUCAUGGUGGUCCCCAUCCUAAAUGCUGCAAUCACUAUUACCGCGGCCACUACGAUACCGUCGACCACAGAUAUAAUCACCAGUUUCAUCAUCAGGACUCCGAUCCCGGAAGUUCCUCUGACUUCGACUAAAGUAAUAGUUGUUACACGCACAAUCUGGCCGCAGUCGGGCUCGAGCCGGAGCUCGAUCACCAGUUCUACCACACAGACGGAUUCGAGCCGCAGCUCGAUCAUCAGCUCUACCAUACAGGCGAAUUCGAGCUGGAGCUCGAUCAUUAGUUCUACCAUACGGGCGGAUUCGACAUCUGAGGUUGCCUCCCCUCCGACAAUUCUUCCCAACGAAGACCACAAGGGAAAGCCCAAGAAGCACACCAUUGUCUUGGGAAGCAUAUUCGGUGUGCUCGGUGCCAUGGUUGUAUCCGCUAUCGCCAUGAUAUACCUCCGCAAAAGAUUGUCAGUUGCAACUCCAGCCACGAUCAUGGAUAGCCAAGGUGGACCGUCCACUCACGAAGGAAAAACGGAAGUAGUGGGAGACGCGCCAAAGCCUCCUACUUAUGAGCUCCAUGGGACGUCUUCACAGAUCUUUGAGAUGGAUGGCUCAGGUGCAGGUGGCUCUAUACCUUUUCAGUAUCCUAUCGUGUCUCCUCUCCUUUCGCAACAUUCAGGGCUAGGGAGUAAUGGAGAGCAUCGCGUCCCUGAGAUUGACAGUCCACCGUCACCAGCACGCGGUCAAGCGUGA